GGGUUAAUUAGAAUUUUAGCAGGUAAAAGGCGGCAGAGUUGAGCGCGCGAGAGUGAUGCUUGCGAUACGGCGAUGUUGGCGGAGCCGAUCCCCAGCGCGCGCGCGUUCAAGCGAACGAUAUCGUUUGCGCGUCCGCACCCGCCGCGCGCGCAGCGCCUUUCCCCAUUCCCCCUCUAUCCACCUCCACCUCCACCACCACCCCCAAUCGCCUCCCCACCCGCCGCCGGCGACACUCCCCCACCUCCUUCACCUCUCCAGAUCGAGCUCCGACGAAAUUCAUCGAAAAAUGGAUGGAAAUUCUAGGGUGAAAGCGAAAUGGAAGAGAUAGGGUUGGAGAGCGAGAGCGACCCCGGAAAACGACGGGUAGCGUGUGAAAUCCGCUUCCCCUGUUGACAUGGAUGGCCAGUAAACUGAAAUCACCAAAUCUUUGUUGUUUCCUUUUGAUUGGUUUGUUAUUGUGCGUCAAUUUCAUCAGACGGAGUGGUUUCAUGGUUGGUUUUGGUGCUUGGAGAGAUGGGCAGAGAAUGGAAUGUUUUUGGUUAUCGGUUGUGCAAGGUUAUGUACGCCUUCUUGUUGAUGUACUUUCACACAAAUGGUUGUUUGUCGCUUAACUUUGAAGGAUUGGCCUUGUUGGAGUUCCGAUCCCGGGUGGAUAUCGAUCCUCAUGGCGCCUUGGAAAAUUGGGAUGCAAGAGACAGUGAUCCUUGUAACUGGACUGGUGUUUAUUGUGUUAAUGGAGUGGUGGAAAUGUUGAACCUAAAAGAGCUGUCACUGGGAGGGACGUUGGCACCUGAGCUUGGAAGGCUUUGCCACCUAAGAUCCAUUGUACUUUAUAAAAACAACUUUUUUGGAGCCAUCCCCAAGGAGAUUGGAAGCCUAAAUAUGCUUGAGCUGUUGGACUUGCGCAACAAUAACUUAAGUGGGGCAGUUCCUACUGAGAUAAGAGAGAUGCUAUCACUUAAGCAUCUCCUGCUCCGUGGCAACAAACUGCCUAGUCAUUCACCUUCUUCAAUUGAAGGGCUUGACAUGCUUUCUGAUAGAAGAGAUGAUAGAAAUGUUAUUUUUGACAAGGCCAUUCAGAUUGCUUUUAUAAAGAGAAAACUUUAUAACUGGUUUAAGUUUAAAAGCUGCUCUUCAUCUGCCCGUUGGGAGGGCAACAGCGAAAACCUUUUGGGCCUCACUUCUUCAGUUCAAAAUAGAAAUGCACUAAACUCUCUCCGACGUAGGCUGUUUGAAGAAACCAGGAACCUCGCUGCUGUAACUCCAGUGAGUAGCUACAACCCUCCAGCUGCCGCCGUUCCAUCUAUUGGUAGUGGCUCGUUUCCAGCUAUACCAAAUUCUAAAAUUGGAAGUCAGAAGAAACAACCGCCAAUGCCUACAGCACCUGAAGAUCCACCUGCUAACUCUGCCAAGCCUGGCUCAGGACCUAUUGACCAAACCAAUUCUGUGCAUCAUGACUCCCUGAGUAGAAGAUUGGCAGAGCGACCUUAUAUUUUUAUACUUCCAGCAGUGGCCUUGCUUCUUAUAUUGUCUGCAGUCCUGAUUUUGAUGUGCCGCAAAAAGGAAGCACCUACUAUUGGUCCUUGGAGGACUGGACUAAGUGGCCAGCUAAAGAAGGCAUUUAUAACAGGUGUGCCAAAAUUAAACCGUGAAGAACUAGUAGCUGCUUGUGAGGAUUUUAGCAAUAUUAUCAGUAGUUCUGCAUAUCACACAGUAUUUAAGGGAACAUUGUCAAGUGGUGUUGAGAUUGCAGUUGUAUCAACUGCAAUUAAAUCUGCCCAAGAUUGGUCCAAGCAUUCUGAAACAAGUUUCAGAAAAAAGAUAGAUAUGUUGUCCCGAAUAAACCACAAGAACUUUAUCAACCUUCUCGGUUACUGUGAAGAGAAUGAGCCUUUUACGAGAAUGAUGGUUUUCGAGUAUGCUCCUAACGGAACUCUAUUUGAGCAUCUUCAUGUCAAGGAAUUUGAGUAUCUUGACUGGAGUGCUAGAAUGAGGAUUAUUAUGGGCAUCACAUACUGUCUUCAAUAUUUGCAUCACGAACUCAGUCCGCCAAUAGUACACCUUGUUCCAAAAUCGACUUCUAUAUUCAUUACCGAUGAUUAUGCUGCCAAGGUCGCCGAUACUAGUGUUUGGAAAGAUAUCAAGUUGAAAGGAACAACAACAGACUCAUCAUCAGCUGAUCCUCGGCAAAGUGUGUAUGGUGUCGGCAUUCUUCUUCUAGAAAUCAUUUCUGGAAAAAUUCCAUAUUCCGAUGAACAAGGCUCCCUCGCCGACUGGGCGAUGAAACGUAUGACCGAUAAAUCCAGCAUUGUUGACCCAUCAUUGAAAUCCCACAGUGAAGAUGAACUAUCGAUGAUAUGCGAAGUUAUUAGAGACUGCAUUGACCAGGACACAGUGAAGACUCAGAGACCAACAAUGCUGAUGAUCACAUCCAAACUAAGGAACAUUAUCUCAAUCACACCUGAAGCAGCAACACCCAGACUUUCUCCACUCUGGUGGGCAGAACUUGAGAUCCUCUCAGUUCAAGCAAGUUAACAACUAUGUUAUAUUCAUUCUUUUACUCUGUCUAAAUAUCCCCAUCAUCUGUAAUCAAAACAACAUUCUAGAGUCUUUAUUCAUUA